AUGACCAUCGUAACAGGUACUGCAACCGCCAUAAUCCCCAGAGUCUUGUUACGCCGUCAAAGGACAUCUCCCAUACCGUUCUUGGCCAAAGGGUUUCGCCUAGUCUUCUCAGCAAAGAUGUCGGCCACCGCAAUGGGGAAGCGCCUCGAGGGCAAAACAAUAGUCAUCACUGGAGCAUCUUCCGGGAUCGGGCGUAGCUGUGCCUUUGAGUUUGCUCGCACCAGCCCCAAGAACUUGAAGCUGGUCCUGACGGCUCGUCGCAUCGACACGCUCAAGGAGAUCGCCAAAGAGAUAAAUGCCGAAGUUGGUGAGGGCGUCAAGGUAUUGCCGUUCCAGCUCGACGUCAGCAAACCGGAUGAGGUCCGCGGGUUUGUCCAAGCUCUGCCUGAGGAGUUCCAGGAUAUCAACGUCCUCGUCAACAAUGCGGGUCUGGUAAAAGGAGUUGCACAGGCUCCUGCCAUCGCCGAGGAGGAUAUAAACAUCAUGAUGGCGACUAACGUGACUGGUCUCAUCAACAUGACACAAGCCGUGCUUGCGAUUUACAAAAAGCGGCCUGAAGGAGGGGCGGGCGAUAUCAUCAAUAUCGGUAGCAUAGCUGGUCGUGAGCCCUAUGCUGGUGGUAGCAUAUACUGCGCAACCAAGGCUGCAGUCCGGAGCUUUAGUGAGUCCUUGCGAAAGGAGUUGGUAGCAACUCGGAUCCGGGUUAUGGAAAUUGACCCGGGUCAGGUUGAAACCGAGUUUUCUGUUAUUCGGUUCUAUGGUGACAAGGCAAAGGCAGAUGCAGUCUAUGCGGGCUGUGAUCCUCUCACGCCGGACGAUAUCGCCGAGGUAGUUGUGUUCGUCGCAGGACGGAGAGAGAACGUCGUUGUAGCCGACACUCUCAUCUUUCCUCAGCACCAGGCAAGUUAUCACCCCAUUAUCCGAAUGUUGUAG